AUGGCAAAGGGAAAGAAAGGAAGGGCUGCAAAGGCAGCUCGCUACCGAGCCAUGACGGCAGCCCCUGCUCAGCAACAGGAUCGCCAACAGCAGAGCAUUGUCUCUCAGUACGUGCCAAGGGCUGCGGCCGUCAAAGUUCACGGCUUUUCUCUCGCGGACGAGGCUAGGAACACGGCUGAGCACCGGAAGGGCUGGGAUGCACUGGCAAAGCUCCGCGCCCAGCCCGUUGCCUUCGUGAGCGCCGGGAUGGUGGAGCCUCUGAAGGAACUCGACCAGCUGGGGCACCACACCGAUGACGUGGUCGACACGUCCGAAGAUGCCGCACCCGCCGACCCGGACAAGCAGCUGAAAGGUGAUCAGGAGCCGUCUUUCUUCAUUGACACCAGCGGCAACCAGGCCCUUUCUCGCCGCCACGGCCAGCACGUUGCAUUUCCUGAGCCUCACUCGUCGGGCGAUGAAUCGAGUUCGAGCGAGGAUGUUGUUCUCUUCAAGGGAAGGAACGGUGCUCGCAUCGACAAUGCACCUCCGCCCGUUGCCCAUAAUAUCACAAUCCAGGUUCAAGCCGUGGAGAAAACAGUCCAGAAAAUAUUCCUGGACGAACCAGGCCAACCCAAGGGCCCCGUCGCGCGUUCCGACUCUCCACCGCUUUGGCAACUACGUGGCCACAACGACGAGGACGCAAUAUUUGCUGACUAUGUUGCAAACAUGAGUGAGGACAAUGAUGGUGACGGCGACGACGAUGUUGAGAGGGGCCAAUUGUUUGCAGCAUUCUCGAGCAAGCGGGAUCUAGGCGGCUCCGAUGGCGACGUGGUCAUUGCCGACGAGUCCGAUAGUGAUGCUUCCGACGGUGUUGAGGACCCUGACGGAAAACGAAAUCCUGCGGUAUUUAAGACAGGCGAGUCUACAACUGCUGAGGACAUUGACAUGACAGACGAGGCCUUGGCUAGACUCCUCGCUAGACAAGAAGAGCUUGGCUUGGACGACGACGAAAUGAUGUUACUCGCCGGAAGUGUAUUCGGCGGUGUGCCUUCAUCGAGAAAGAAGACUCCGCAAGCACGCAAAGAGAAUAUUAAAUUCAAGUCUGAGAGGACGGCCAAGACGGGCGGACGUGGGCCGGUACCGAGUGCGAGAGAAGUCGCAGAUGCGUUCGACGAUCUGGACUUGAUGGAUUGGGGCCGGCACAACCCGCCGCGUAAGCCCAAGAGCAAGCGCGGACAGCCGACGUUUGACAUUUCAGAUUCUGAGCUGGAACAGACGCUCCAAGCGACCUGGAAGGCUGAUCGUCUCCGUAAGACGGAGAAGAAGCAGCAGCGCGAGGAGCUGCGUGCCCAGGGCCUCCUCGGCAAGAACGUCGACCCGAACGAUCCGCGCGUGAAGUACCAGACUGGGAUGACACUGGACCAGAUCAAAGAGGAGAUGCGAACCUUCCUCUGCGGCACCGAUGAAACCCUGACGCUUCCUCCCAUGGAUGCUUCUGCGCGCAAGAUCAUUCAUGAGCUGGCGAACAAAUUUAAUAUCAAAUCCAAAUCCGCCGGCCACGGCGAGACCCGCCGCCCAUCACUCUACCGGACCAAGAGGACAGUCAGGUACUCCGAGCCAUCAUUUGAGCAGGUUUUCGCCCGCGCUGGACGCCGAUACUUCCCCCGCCUCGACCAAAAGGGCAAGGCGCCAAGAGGUGGUGGUGGCGGUGGCGGCAUGGGCAGGUCGAGUCGUGGUAUCAACCACGCAGCAUUUACGCUCAAGGACGGUGAAGUGGUGGGCGGUGGUGCGCCCGAGCUAGACCAGGCCAACAAGGGCCGGGCCAUGCUUGAGAAGAUGGGCUGGUCCACGGGCAUGGCCCUUGGAUCACAGGAGAACAAAGGUAUUCUUCAACCGCUCGCCUCAGUAAGUAGUGCCGUGUUUACUUUACUUCCUACGUUGUGGAGACUGCCCAGGCGGCGGGAGGCAGCCUCCAGUAUCGCAUCCGCAACGGGCUACCUGUUCCUCAUCCUCAACAAACUCGUGGAGAAGGGACGUGGCUAA